GUGAGUCCGAAAUUGGACGACCUGUAGUCAUCUUCCAGCGUUAUGCUUCGGCUUCUAAACAACGAACUAAGACGAUCACGAUUCAACAUUUAUUGCGUUCUGAAAAUUCCUGUAGAUGAUUUAUAUCCGCGUAUCCGUAACCGUAUGAAACAACUCCAUUCGAUGCAAUAAACAUGUUCUCCCAGCAGGCAGCAUUGCAUUCUCUCUUCGUCGGCCAACCGCUCCUUGUGCCCUGUUCCGCCACGAAAGCUGCGACUGCGAGUGCGCUUCGUGUAGAAACGUCCUUUGCAGCCGAGGAGUCACUUCCUGCAGUUCGCAUCGAGCAGCGGGUCGCUGGUACAACUUCUGCACACCAUACGAGAUACGAACCCAAACAGGACCCGUACUUUACUUCUUUCCUUGCUUCCGCCGACGACAAGCCGACCGCCGACCCACCGGCCACCGGCACGGGCCCAACUGCCGCUGGAAAGGUCGUCUCUGCAGCAGCGGCGACGGGGAAAACCGCGGCAACCGCCCGCCAGCCCUUCUGCAACGUCACUUCGGGCAGCCUAAAGUGGGGCAGCGACAUAUUCUGAGGAAAAAUCCCCCCUCCCCAUAUCGAAAUGGUUUGUUUCCGAGAAUUUGUGUUGCUGAUAUGAGGUCGCAAAUCACGUCUGUCUUGCAAGGAGACAAGCGCAGAGGCUUCUGCACCAUUAUGGAAGCAAUUUGGCAUGCUGUUGCGCCUAGGGUACGCCCGUUUGCAAUGCUAAGCAACUAGACCUAUAGGCCCCUACCUAGGCCGAGGAUCUGGCUGCGAUGCCUUACUGCAAGACAAAUCCGAUUUGUGUACCCAAAUCCUGCAUCACAGAUUUCCAUUUCGAUAUGGGGAGGGGGAUUUUUCCCUUUUGAUACGACACGGCGAACGCGAACUUUAUCUGCUGCAUAUUGAGAGGAAAAAUCCCCCCUCCCCAUAUUGAAGCGUAAAUUUCUGUUGCUGGAUUUGUGUACACAAAUCAGCUCUGUCUUGCAACGAGGCACUGCAGGCAAAGCCUCAGGCUGCGUAGGGCGGUUUCUGUGUAGGUGCUCAGAAUAGCAGAGGCCUUCGAUGUAGGCGCAACAGCAUUACAAAUCGCUGGCAUAAAGCGGCGGACUCUUUGCAUUUGUCCCCUUGCAAGAGAGAGAGAAUCUGUCGUAACAAAUCUGCAUCACAAAUUUUUAGCAGGAUGCCUUUUCAGUAUGGGGAGGGGGGAUUUUUUCCUACGAUAGUGCAACAACCACGACGGAGCGGAGAACGCGGGCUACUUCGACCACGCGCUCCCGGGCCGGGAGAAGCUGUUCGAGGAAAUGAAGCACGCCACGCCGGAGAAACCGGUAUGAUCCACUGCAAAUAUGUCUGGGUCAGGAGCACUUUAAGGCUUGUCAUGCAGGGUUCGCAUGACCGAGAAGGUUUGCAAUGCGGGCUCCAGCAUCACAAGUUUAUUUUGGAAGGCUCUUCGAUGUCAAUUCCGCAUGAGAAGUGUUGCCUUUGGGCACGGAAGAGUUGGCACUGGUGUUGCGGAUCAUGCAAUACAGAUUUCUCUGUCGAUCGGACCUAGCAUGACAAACUCGGACUCUACUUCCAGACCCAGACAUAUUUGCGGUUGAUUACCGGUGCUGUUUUACGACGCGGCGGAUACGGGGACCCCGGUGUUUAUGGGGGUUCGGGGGUCGAAAUCGACAAAGUUGAAAUAAUUUGUAAUGCACAAAAUUGAUAACAGUUGGAGUUGGACCCAAUCCCAAAGACUAUAAUCGGCGCAUGAAGACAAAUUUUUUCCGCGCCGGAAGCGACUCUGUCAUGCUGUUCAGAGCAAAGGAGCUCCCUUGUGUCAUGCUAGUCCGCAGCCCAACUCUUGACCGUUGCCAGCAUUACUUACAAUCUGCCUCCAUUGCGUCCUGUGCAACAGAAUCAGUCUCUGUGUCGCAUUUUAUGCAUGACAAGUCAACAUUUCACCUUUGCCGAUUUCUAGCCUGACAAAUCCAUAGUGUUUCGCUUCCCGGCCAAGAAUUUGACCGUGGACGCCGAGGGAACGACCACGCAUGAUGGAACUACUGCGGAGGUAGAACAAGACGCGGCCGAGGAAGAGACCAGCAUAUGAACUGCAGAAGUAUCCUACUAGUAUCAGUAUGAAUUGCAAUACAAAUUAGCUCAGCAUUACAAAUAAAUUGACUCUGUAAUGCGGAUUGAUCUUAACAACCUAGAUUUGUAAUGCAUAACUGCAAUUACUGGUACGAGUGCGGUACUUUUGCAGUGCAUACGGCACCGCGGCGAGCAAUGCUGCGGCCGCGCCGCGCAGCUUCGAGGAGUGGAAGGAGGAAAGCUCGCAGCAUAUCCUGACCACAAACGGGGCCCACAUCACACCAGAGUCAACAUGGGAAAUCUGCAAGACAAAUCAACCAGCUUUGGUUGUUUCGCAUGACAAGUUUUUUGCCCUCAUAGUGUUAUCCUGUUUAUACCUAGUUUAGUAGCAUCGCAGUUCUAGCGCACCAUGCUGAUGCUGGCAUAAAAAACUCCAAAUCACGACUAGAAAAUGCGUCUCAUGGGGCUCCGCAUGAUAAACGCUUUUGGCAUGCAGAUUUGCAUACGUGACAAGGACAACUCCGGGGUGGACGUUUUUUCUCAGAAUACAGCACGGCUGGCCGUCCUUCCGGGCGGGGGAAGUGAUCACGGAAAAUAUUACCGAGCUCCCGGUACUAACUGCAAAUUAAUCUGUCUGGGUCUGGAUUUGCAAUGCAAGACUUCAAGGACAACAAGAUCUGUGAUGCAUGAAUACGAGUGGCCGUUUCUUUUGUCCUCGUGCUGGAAGCCAGCUUGUAAUGCUAAACACGAGGAACGAAUCCGCGGCAAUAAGCCGAGUUUAACUUGUUAUGCUAGUAUGCCGUACAAGGACCAAGUCUGCAAUGCAAGUCUCAGCAACACAAGUUUCCAGACCCACACAUAUUUGCAUUUGAUACCCGGCUUCGAACUACCACCACGAGGUGUUGUCCAAGGCUGGAACGCAUUUUUAUCUUCAGUCUAUCGCAAGAAAAAACUGUUUUGCUGUACGUAAACUUGUCAUCGACAUAGAAUGCAACACAUACACAGACGCAUGAUUGAUUUGUCUCGCUACACAUGCAAGACAAUCGUGGGUUUUUCAACGUGUUUUCUCUUAGGAAGUACGCAUGGCAAAUUUUUUUUUUGUCAUGUGUAGCGACCUUGUAUAUGCAACACUUAAAAGAUCCUUACAGAUUGAUACAGUGAAACACUUUUUUCUUACGAUAGCUUCCGCAGGUGUUGCAUUCUAUAAACUGUUAUGCUGUAAUCAACUUUUGCGUCACCUUGCCCGUCCUCAACAUAUUACAGUUGACUAAGCUAAGGAGAUUUGCAGGUUUGAGAAUUUGUAAUGCGAAGAACUCUCUUGAUCGUGCCUUUCGCUUUCCAUGAAAAAACUUUCUCGGCUCCCACUCACAGAUACUUGUUCAGAAAAACAGUUCUUGAGAAUGUAACGGCCGUUUAGGAGACCAUAAGCUGGGGCACAAAUUUCAGGACCAGGAGGGGAAAGACCGAUAUUGCAUCAACUUGAUUUGCGUGGCCGGAAAGCCACCGGCAGUGACGACGGACUGAUGAGGACGAAAUAUUUUUACAUCGAGAUUGACCCUCCUCUCUACUAAGCUUUUGGAAGCCAGCGAUGAAGUGUGUUAGAGAUUAAUUCUUGACACGAUGUUAGAUAAAUUCUUGACAGCACUACAGCUCGGGAAUCAACGCGAACUCAGAACGCAAGUUCUUCUUGCAGAUCGAUGUAGAAGCACGAUAAAAUGUGAAACCUUUGUUGAGCGGGCAAUGAAAUGCCAGGAAGGCGGCGCUCAAUGCGACCCUGAUG